AUGACCCAUCCCGAUCCGCCUAGAAUUAUCGCUGACGAUGGAACCGUACAAGUCGAAAUAUUUUCUUCCACAAAGGAAGUUUUAUAUCGCAAAGGAUUCGUUAACGGCAGGGAAACGACUGAAUCUAUUGAUCUGACAGUCGUUGGUAAGUUGCCUGAAUGGUUGUCCGGAACUUUUUUCACGGUUGGUCCGGGGAUUUUUGAUAUAAAGUACAAUAGGAUGAUUGAGGUGGAAGGAGGUUAUGAAAGCGGAACUGCGACUUUCUCUAUGGGAGGAAAAUCCAAAAUAUUUUGUCAAAAUCAUUCUAGCCAGAUAGUAGAAUUUAAUGCGCAUGAUCUAACCCCUACUCGAGUUUUUUCUUGGGACGAAAUAAAUCCGUUAUUUCGUGGAGAUCAUGCAUCUCCUCAUUCACACUAUGAUGAGACCACCGGCGAAUUAAUCAACUUCAACAUGGAGUAUGCACCAUUGGGAACCAAAUAUAAUUUCUUUUCAAUAUCAGAAGAUGAUCCAAGCGGUCAGUUAAUUGCCAGUAUUACGGCCAAAGCAUCCUAUGUUCAUAGCUUUGGGGUCACGCCCGGAUUCAUCAUUUUGGUGAUCUUUCCGUUUUAUGUUAAAAAUGCUAGUUUCGGUGUCAAGUGGUCGGACAACAUCUUGGAUACGUUUACAUUCAAACCGAAUGAGCCUACAUUAUUUUACGUUAUCUCCCGGGAGAAGAAAGAACUUGUCGUCACGUAUAAAUCAGACCCUUGUUUCGCAUUCCAUCACAUCAAUGCAUUUGAAGAUGACGAUGACAAUGUAUAUUUGGACAUUGUGUGUUAUGAUACGGUAGAUGUUAUAUAUGACCUGACGCUAGAAAACUUGCGUCAUGGAUUAACCAUUGGUUUGCCUACGGCCGAGGUGCGUAGAUUUGUUCUACAGGAGGUCCAACGCGAGUCAAUGAAAUUCGCAAAAAAUUCACAAGCGGCUCAAACAGAUGGUGCUCAAAAUCUGUUGACAUCGAUGUUUUCGAGAAAUCCCACUUACCAACAAGCCCCCUCUUGGCCUAUUGCAAAUUACGUCAGGGGAGUCGAUACGGUUUUAGAAUUACCACG